UUGUAACUAUUUCUGCUAUAACUCAACACAAAUACACACUCUCGGACUUUCUUUUUCUCUCUCUCUCUCUGGGGUCUCUGCAUCUGAAAAUGGAUCGCAAAUGUGUGCUUAAGAUAGCUUUAAUAUGCCUCAUUGUGGCUGGUGUCGGUGGCCAAUCUCCGUCCGCAGCACCAACAACAACUCCGGCAAAACCUGUAACGGCUCCCGCCAAAGCACCAGCAAAACCUGAAGCUCCAGUAGCUGCUCCUGUAUCUUCACCACCGGCAAAACCUACAACUCCAGUAGCAGCUCCUGUAUCUUCACCACCAGCAACUGCACCAUCAAAACAGGCUGUUCCAGCUCCAGUGGCUACCCCACCAGCAGCGGCUGUUACUCCAGUUAGCUCACCACCAGCAGCGGCUGUUACUCCAGUUAGCACACCACCAGCAGCCACACCCGCUAAAUCACCUGCAAAAUCUCCACCAUCACCUGCACCAGUUGCUGCUACUCCACCACCAGCUACAUCGGCUCCUGAAACCGCUCCUCCUGCACCUGUUCCAGUUGCUGCUCCAACCGCUGCUGACGUUCCUGCACCUACUCCUAGCAAGAAGAAGCCAAAGAAGCACUCCCACGCCACCUCUCCUGCUCCCGGUCCUGAUGUGUCUAGUCCACCUGCUCCUCCUAUGGAAGCUCCUGGACCUAGCCUUGAUGCUAGCUCCCCUGGUCCAUCUGUUGCUGAUGAUAGUGGAGCAGAAACGAUAAGGAGUUUGCAAAAGAUGGUUGGAGGAUUGGCAUUGGGAUGGGCAGUGUUGGCUUUCAUCUUCUAGAGAGAGCAACAAGACAGAUCUCAUCAUCAUGUCCAUUUUCCCUGCUGUUAUAUUAUUUUAAUCUUUUAUCUUUUCUUUUUUUUUUUUUAUUUGCCAGUGCCCCCAAUUUUUCUAUUGGACUGCUCACAUUUUUAAAAUUUAUCAUUGUUUGGUUAAUUUACCGGUCAGCAGUGGGUUUGAGGUUGCUGUCUGGGGAUUAACCACAUUUGCUCUGUAUUCAGUAUUCAGUAUUCUUUGAGAGAAAGGAGGGGGUAAAAAGAACACUUUGUAUUUUGUAGUUUUUAUUUAUUUAUUUAUUACAAUUCAGUGGCGAUUUAUUUGUUUUUUCUA